UAAUCGUCAUCUCUGAGUGCGGUGCAGUUGUCUGCUCUCCCAUCAGAAAAAAACCCAAAAAAUUCUCUCCAUUUCUUUCUGUACCUUGAUUUGAUCUUUGUAUCGAAAAAAUCGAAAACAAAAAAUUGUUUGCGGCUCUGUUCUUAUUGUUUGUGCGUCAAUUCAGUAUAGAACAUAAUCUGAGUGCGUAAUAGUUGGGAUUGUGAAAGAUGGCGCAGAUUCAGGUGCAGCACGCGGCGGCGACGGGGCAGAACGGAGUGGCUACGCCUGGCGGAGCGGCAGUUACGGCGGCGGGAGGAAACGCCUCGGGACAGUUUCAAUCGACGUCUCUGUACGUUGGCGAUUUGGAUUUCAACGUUACGGACUCUCAACUGUACGAUCUGUUCAAUCAAGUCGGUCAAGUUCUGUCGGUUAGGGUUUGCCGCGACCUCAGCACUCGCCGCAGCCUUGGCUAUGGCUAUGUCAACUAUAACAACCCCCAGGAUGCGGCAAGAGCUAUUGAGAUGUUGAACUUCACCCCUCUUAAUAACAAGUCCAUCCGAAUCAUGUAUUCUCAUAGGGACCCAAGUAUUAGGAAAAGUGGAACUGCUAACAUCUUUAUCAAGAAUCUGGACAGAACAAUCGAUAACAAAGCACUGCAUGACACCUUUUCAAGCUUUGGAAACAUCCUUUCUUGCAAGGUUGCAACUGAUUCUAAUGGCCAAUCAAGGGGCUAUGGAUUUGUGCAAUUUGAAAAUGAAGAAUCAGCACAAAAUGCUAUAGAUAAGUUGAAUGGGAUGCUUAUUAAUGACAAGCAAGUGUACGUUGGACAUUUCCUUCGCAAGCAGGAUAGGGACUCUGCAACACACCAGACAGAGUUCAACAAUGUGUAUGUAAAAAAUCUCUCUGAGUCCACCACAGAUGAUGAUUUGAAGAAUGUCUUUGGCGAAUAUGGGACAAUCACAAGCUGUGUAGUGAUGAGGGAUGCAGAUGGUAAAUCAAAAUGUUUUGGAUUUGUCAAUUUUGAGAAUGCUGAUGCUGCUGCAAAAGCUGUUGAAGCUCUGAAUGGAAAGAAAUUUGAUGACAAGGAGUGGUACGUUGGAAAAGCCCAAAAGAAAUCUGAGCGUGAGCAAGAACUGAAAAGCCGAUUUGAGCAGACUGCUAAGGAAGCUGCUGAUAAAUUUCAAGGUUCUAAUCUAUAUGUCAAGAACUUGGAUGAUAGCAUUGAUGAUGAGGGGCUGAAAGAACUUUUUUCGGAUUUCGGUACUGUCACUUCUUGCAAGGUUAUGCGGGAACCCAGUGGUGCAAGCAAAGGUGCUGGAUUUGUUGCUUUCUCGAAUCCAGACGAAGCUUCUCGAGCUCUUUCGGAAAUGAAUGGAAGAAUGAUGGCCAACAAACCACUCUACGUUGCACUUGCUCAGCGUAAAGAAGAGCGAAGGGCGAAGUUGCAGGCGCAAUUUUCUCAAAUCAGGCCCGUUGCAAUGCCCCCGACAAUUGCUCCGCGUAUGCCAAUUUUUCCUCCUGGAGCACCGGGUCUCGGGCAGCAGCUAUUUUACGGCCAAGCACCUCCUGCUAUGAUUCCUCAGGCUCCAUUUGGUUAUCAGCAGCAGCUUGUCCCCGGGAUGCGCCCGGGAGCCGGUCCCGUCCCCAAUUUCUUUGUCCCCCUAGUCCAGCAGGGUCAACAGGGCCAGCGCCCCAGUGGCAGACGAGCCGGGCAAGGGCAACACACUCAGCAGCCUGCACCGAGAAUGCAGCAGCAGAUGCUGCAGCAGCGGGGUCGUAUGUAUCGGUACCCUCCCGGCAGGAAUGUCCCGGAUUCUCCCAUGGCCGGUGGGAUUCCAUACGACAUGGGCGGCAUGAUGCCCCGUGAUGCCGCUGUUCCGCAGCCGAUGCCAAUCACUGCACUCGCUACUGCUCUUGCUAAUGCCCCAGCCGAACAGCAGAGGACGAUGUUGGGGGAGAAUCUGUACCCUCUUGUCGACCAGCUCGAGCAUGAGCACGCUGCCAAAGUUACCGGCAUGCUUCUGGAAAUGGACCAGACGGAGGUCCUGCAUCUGCUCGAAUCGCCUGACGCACUGAAAGCUAAGGUUGCCGAGGCUAUGGAAGUCCUGAGAAAUGUCCAGCAAGUUAGCAGCCCGACUGAGCAACUUGCGUCGCUCUCCAUCAACGACGCACUCAUCUCUUGAAGCUGCAUUGACCGUAUGAACUUGGCCCUUUUUUGCUAGCUAUAUAGAGAGAUUCUAUCUAUCUAUCUACUUAGGAUUUUGAAUUUUUGAAGUUUGGUCUUGAAUCAUUCACUCUUGGUUGGUUUGGUUUAUCGAAGUUCUCGGGAUUGACUUGA